AUGCAGCGAGUCGAUGUCGUCUUUGACAGAUACAUAAGUGGUAGCCUGAAAUCAGAAACGAGAGAAGGGCGAGGUUCUGGGAUUCGAAUCCUUGUUAAUGAAGCCACUCCUAUCUGGAAAAAUUGGCAAAAAUUUCUUAGAAAUGACGAAAACAAAAAGGAGCUGUUUCAUUUGCUGGCUGUCGAUUUGACAAGCGAAUCCUUGACAAGUUGUGUCGUAGUUGCUACAGAUUCUGAAGAAGUGCUAUCAUCAGAAGCAACCGAUCUUACGUUUUUAACUCCUUGCAACCACGAAGAGGCGGACACACGCAUUUUCCUGCACGUCAAACAUUGCCCUGAUUCCGGUCAUAGCAAAGUCGCUAUAAGAACUAUCGACACAGAUGUUGUUGUUAUCGCCAUCUCAUGUUUUCAUUCACUAGAGGUUGAGGAAUUAUGGAUAGAGUUUGGCGUCGGAAAAUCAAGACGGUGGUUACCAGUUCACUCGUAUGUACAUGCUUUGGGACAAGACGUUUGCAAAGGCCUUCCAUUUUGGUAUGCAUUCACUGGCUGUGACACUGUGUUGUCAUUUUCUGGAAAAGGAAAGAAAAUAGCUUGGAACACCUGGAAAGCUUUUCCUGAGGCCACGGAUACCUUUGCAAGAUUGUCGAAUGGUGAGAAUGGCCAACCUAGUGAUAUUGAUGUCAAGAUGAUAGAGCGUUUUGUGGUAUUGAUGUACCAAAGAACGUCUUCACUCAGCGACGUAAACGAGUGUCGCCGAUAUUUGUUCACCAAGAAGGGUUGCCCAAGUGAAAGUUUGCCACCAACAAGUGAUGCACUUCUUCAACAUACAAGACGGGCUAUUUUUCAAGCUGGGUUUGUCUGGUGUCAAUCAACGGUGAAAACGCAGCAUCUACCUCCAAUUGUAGAAUGGGGUUGGAAUGAAAAUGUGUCACCUUUAUGGAUGGUUGUCCCGGAAGCCUCAAAAGCAUGCCAGGAGCUAAUCAAAUGUGGAUGUAGGCAGAAAUGUUCGACACGAUGUAAAUGCAGACAGUUUGGUUUGGAAUGCACGGAAUUGUGCAUGUGCAAUGGGCAGUGCCUCGAAGAAUUAGACAUUUGA